GUUUCCGGUGAACACGGGUAUCCCAAACCCCGCCCUGCUGACGCAGGGUUUAACCUCAGUGGACGGUGGCCGGAAAAGGACAAUGGUUUCCAUGUUAGCGACAAACGCACUCCAGGCAGCUCUCUAACCUGAUAGUUGUGAGACGGCUGAGGAGCGAGGAAGUAGUCAGAGAAAGCUGCUGCCCCUUAUAGAACAGGAGCCAUGCCGCGCCGGGGCCUCGUGGCCGGGCCAGACUUUGACUAUUUUAACCGUCGGUACUUCACGCCGUCGGAAGUAGCGGAACACAACCAGCCCGAAGACCUGUGGGUGUCUUACCUGGGAUAUGUGUACAAUCUAACGCCGCUUGCACAGGAGUUUAAAGGGAACCUAUUGCUGAAACCCAUCCUGGAAGUUGCAGGCCAGGACAUUAGCCACUGGUUUGAUCCGAAGACCAGAGACAUUCGCAAGCACAUAGAUCCGCUGACUGGUUGCUUGAGAUACCGCACCCCGCGGGGCCGUUUCGUGCACGUCCCACCUCCUUUGCCUCGUUCAGACUGGGCUAAUGAUUUCGGGAAGCCCUGGUGGAAGGGGUCGAAUUACCAGGUGGGGCGACUGUCUGCCAAGACCCGGAACAUCCGUAUCAUCAACACUCUUACGUCGCAGGAGCACACACUGCAGGUGGGGGCUCUGGAAUCAAUGUGGGAAAUCCUACACCGCUAUCUCCCCUAUAAUGCACAUGCUGCCAGCUACACAUGGAAAUAUGAUGGGAAGAAUCUGAACAUGGAUCAUACCCUGGAAGAGAAUGGGAUCCGGGAUGAAGAAGACGAGUUUGACUAUCUUAAUAUGGAUGGCACACUUCACACACCUGCAAUACUGCUCUACUUCAAUGAUGACCUCACAGAGCUAUAGGAAAGGAGAUGCGUGUGCAUGGAACUCAAGACAUGUUUGAGUUUGCCUCUUUCUGUGCCUUGAGAAAAAGAGGUUUGGGUCUGUGAGGCCUGGGCCUAGACCUCUGUUGCCCUCUGGGAACUGGCCUGUGGUUCUUCCUGAAAUGUAAGAGCCCUUAUCCCUAGUUCCUCUAUGAUUUGCUCAGAGAAUAUUGGUGGGAGGAAUACUAGAGGAGAAUUAAUCCUUAGAAAUGAUAGGAGGAGAGCCACGGUCUCUCAGUUUGGAAUGUGCAGAGGAGGUGGAGCUCAGGCAGAACCGACUGUGGUUGCUGUGGUUGAUUCCCUUCCUAAAGGUGGUUAGCAGUUGACAGCACAGGAAAAGUGAAUCGCUGUCAGUUCAUUCAGGAUAGAAAUUAUGCUGAGAGUUUUAUGCUUUUUAAUACAGCUAUCUUAGAAGGUGAAUACUGGUAAUGCUAUUUCCUUAGUUUAGAAGGUUCAGGAGCACAAAACCACAUUAGUAACUGAAGAGCCACAGUGAGAAUCCAGGCCUGCCCAACUUUGAAAGUCAGGCUCUUUUCUGUGUAAAGGGGUAUUCUCAGCAGCCUCACUUAAUGCUAACAUUUCUAAUGGCUGCUCUCAACCUGUGUGUUUGAAAUGUGAGCUUGUCCUAUGAUUGCUGCACAAUGGGGAAAUGUAGCCUAUUGUGUAGUCAGCAUUAACUCUGAAGGGAGUUGACUAGCAGAGAACUCUAGGGAUAGAGGCAGGGAGGCCGAAUUUCAGCCAGGCAUUAGCUACUGAGGCUGCUUCUUUGUUAAUAUUAUAGCACUUUCUGGCUGUCCGGGGCAACAAGAUAGAUAUUUACUGACUCCAGGAGAAACCAGAAUGGAGGAACGGCCCGUAGAUCAGAACAUUGUAGUGAGGGGUCCAAAGGGGAGCACGUUUCCCCUUUCCUUUCACAUUAACACAGGGCAAGGAAGAGAAGGUUGACUUUGUAAGACGAUGAGGGGGCUUGAUGGUAUCAGAGAGAUGAGAGCUAAGGGAGGCAGACAACUCUCCUGGUGACUGGCUAGAUUUGGUUCCCUUUAUCCCUAGCAGGUGAGGGGAAUUAGGAAUAACUGAUAAAUUGAACCAGGCACGGUGGCUUUAAUCCUAGCACUGGGGAGGCAGAGGCAGGCAGAUCUCUAUGAGUUUAAGGCCAGACUGAUCUACAGAGUUAGUUCUAGGACAGCCAGAGCUGUUACACAGUAAAACCAUUUCCAAAACAACAACAACAACAAAAAAAAAAAAACAAGCAAAAAAAAUACGAGAUGAGUGGACUUCCCCACAGCAGUGAGCAAAAGUGAGCCUCUUCCCAGGCUCGGCCUCAGGUUCCAGUGGAGGGUGAUGUGACCUCCAUGAGACCCUGGGUGGGUGCAGUGUUUUCUGAGAGGGUGACUGUGGGAAGCAUGAACAGGGUGGGACCAACCCUGUUGAUUUCAAUGGUUUCUGAAUCUACUGAUGCUGAGGACUUUCACAUAGUCCCCUGCAAUCUAAAAAUUCAUACUCUGUUUGGAUCAAUCAGUUACAAUGUUUAGUCAGCUCUGAACUGAUAUUUGUGUAUUCUUGUUUGUUCUUUUAAGUCCUAAACUAUUGGAGAACCAUAGCCAUGUUGCUUCACCCAUGGCAUCCUCAGGGCAUGCACAUCUGGGAUGCAGUCAUUUUGCCCAAACUUGUCUCUUCCAGAGCAUCCUACUCCUACUUUUACCUGGGAUGGGCUCUCACGCUCUAGCCACCUUCCUACUUCAGAACUUGUUAGAAACAUGCUCCUUUCCCUGUAUGUUCAAGCUCUCAUCAAUUCUGUCCCUAAAAUCUUUGGAAUCUGUUCUUUUGUCUAAUAACCAUCUUUAUUUGUCUCAAUUGCUAGGGAACUUCUAGCUUUCCAUUGCCGCCUCGGCCUUCACAAACCUAAACAUCUGACUUUCUGCCUCAGAUCUUCAGGGUGGUUCUCACACUUUUGGAAUAAAGCUCUAAAUUCAAGAAGCCUUGCAUAAAUCAGGCCUGCCUUCCUUGCACAUGUCAUCCUUAGCAGCCCUUUGUCCCAUGUUCUGCACACCCUGGGUGGCCUGAUCAUGAAGUUUCUUCUUGCAGCGGUCAACACAAACUGUUAUCAGUUCACCACUGCAUGCCUCUGCUUUCCACCUUGAUUAUCCUAAACAUUCCUUCCCUUUGCUUUUUUGAUCCCACCCCUCGCGAGUUGUUUUCUUAGCACUAUGCAUUUUUCAGUAUUCUUAUUACCACUAUGAAACGAUGUAGAAUGGAUGCAAAUGACUGGCAGAAACCCCAUUCACUGCUGUAUUCUCACUACUGAGUACAUAAGCUGCUACUCAAUAAAUGUGACCAGAUGAGCUCAGA